AUGGAUAAGCCUCGCCCAGGGAAAACCACCCUCGUGAUCAUGGUAUCUCCCCUGCCAGCCAGGUUACGUAGGGCCGCCCCCAGGGCCUCGGAGUUUCGAUUCCCCAGUGUUUGGGAAGGGACCAAAACCAAACCGGGUCACCAGGGGUCACCAAGGGCUUCCGGUUUCCUCGAAGACGCUGCCGCUUCCCCAGCGAAGGCAAUCGCUGCAGGUGCGCCUCGGAGGGAUUCCCAUUUCUUCUGUGUCGGCUACGCCACGCCCAGCGCAACCCUGUCCUUCGGCACUGGCCCUGGAAGCUCUGGCAAGAGAGGCCAAGCAGUCUCGGGAAAAGGCCCGUUACCCAGCAACACGCGCGCGAGACCCAGGCCUGCCGGCGAGGGCCGGCCUCGCCAGGACCCACACGGCCCGCCGGCCGCGUCGAGGAGCGCGAGGAAACCGGAAGUGAGGUCUGGGAAGGCGUUCACGAAGCCGGUGGCGCUGUGGCGGGGUGGGGGGCGGGGCCAGGCCUCGUACUACCUGUCCCGUGAGUCUCCGCGGCGGGAUAGGGCGGGGCCGCGGCGACGCGAGGAGGCAGAGGCGGACUGCAGUUGGAUUAAAUGCAUUAAUGGAAAAAAAUUGGCUGGUAAGAUAAUUGAGUAUUGUAGCAGUGGAAUGGAUUCUUCAGUGGAAAACAACAUGUAUGUAAACAAAGUGUGGGUUCAAUGUGAAAAUGAAAGUUGUUUGAAAUGGAGAUUGUUGUCAAGUGAGGAUGCAGCCAAAGUUGAUCACAGUGAAUCAUGGUACUGCUUCAUGAACACUGAUCCAAGGUAUAAUAAGUGCUCUAUUUCUGAAGAAGACUUUCCUGAAGUGUCUCAGCUUCAUAAAAGUGGAUUUAAGAUAGUCUAUUCACAGCUCCCUCUUGGAAGCCUGGUUUUGGUAAAAUUACAGAAUUGGCCAAGUUGGCCAGGGAUACUUUGCCCUGAUCCUUUUAAAGGGAAAUAUGUGACCUAUGACCUGGAUGGAAACGUUGAACUGUAUCACAUAGAAUUCCUGGGUGAUCCCCAUUCAAGAUCAUGGAUAGAUGCAACAUUUGUUGGGCAUUAUAGUAUCACAUUAACGCCAGCAAAAUGUAAGAAUAAUAAGAAGUGGUAUAAAAGUGCAUUACAAGAGGCACACCUACUCUAUGGAUAUUCUCAUCAACAAAGACUGGAAAUGUGCUGCCUAUCCAAAGAGGAUAAAUCCAAAUCUGAUGCCAAAGUUGAAUUGAUGACCAAGAAAAGGAUGCAAACUUCUAGCAAUAAUAUUGAAAAGAAAAAGUCCAAAUUUAGAAAAAGGAAAAGGAAAGCGAUUUUAAAAUAUUCUUUUGAAAAUGUUUGUUCAGAUGAUGCCUUGUCAAAGGAAAAUAUGGUUGUCUCUGAGACUGAAGUUUUACUGAAAGAGUUGGAGCAAAUGCUACAGCAAGCGCUGGAGUCCACAGCAACACCUAAUGAAUGUGAAGAAGAGCAUAGAGAAGAAGAAAUAAAUGCAAGAGAAAAGUUAUCUAAAUGCAACCCUGAAGGUCCUGCAGGCAAUCUGUUUGAAAAUCACUAUGAAGAGGACUAUCUUGUAAUUGAUGGGAUAAAAUUAAAAGCUGGAGAAUGUAUUGAUAAUAUAACUAACAAGUUUAAAGAAAUAGAUGCUUUGAUGUCUGAAUUUUAGGGCAUUGUACAUAUUUUCAGAAGUUCCUUAUGAAAACAUUAGCAUUUUCAUAUUUUUCCCCAAAUCAAAAACUUAAAAAUGUUUAGUCAAAUAGUUGUACAUUACCCCAAAGUUGAUAUUUGUAAUAACUUUCUACUUUAUGUUUUGAGAAUGUCCAUGGUUUGGGGAGCCAGUCAAAUGGUAUUUAAGUUAGUGAUAAAAAUUUAGAAUUAAAAACCCUCUGAUAUUUGUAUUUGUAUAUUUUUCCCUGUUUGCCUUAAUUAUAAACUGGUUUAUGAAAUUUACCUUAAAACACAAGCUUGAACAAUGAUUAUUUAGGCUCUUCAUUCAAUACUAGCUAACUGUUAA